CAUUUCUCUAUCACUAAAGUUAACCCAUAUCCUUUUCGUUAGCACAUCACUUCUCUCGGCGUCCUUUUCUUUCGUCUUCGACUCCUCUCCUAUCCUUCUCUCCUGCACUCACACAUUAGGAAAUAAGCUAUAGGGUCCACAUGGGCAGACCAAGCUCAAGCUUUGCCUUCAUUGCAGUCAUGCUAAUGAUGACCACAAUGUCAUCAGCUACCUUGCAGGUUGGUUUCUAUCUAUCAAGAUGCCCUGCAGCCGAGUCAAUUGUUAGAAGAACUGUCACGGAGGCUGUGGCUAAGAAUCCUGGGAUUGCUGCCGGCCUCGUAAGGAUGCACUUCCAUGACUGCUUCGUUAGGGGGUGUGACGCUUCAGUGCUACUUGAUUCAACCCCUGGGAAUCCUGCAGAGAAAGAGAGUCCCGCAAACAACCCAAGCCUACGAGGCUUCGAGGUGAUAGACAAAGCCAAGGCAGAGAUUGAAGCCCAGUGCCCGCAGACAGUCUCUUGCGCGGACAUUCUCGCCUUCGCUGCUCGUGAUGGUGCUUUCAGGGCUGGUGGCAUCGACUAUACUGUGCCCGCGGGGCGUCGUGAUGGAAGAAUCUCUUUAGAGUCUGAUGUCCUUCAAAACAUACCUGCACCCUUCUUCACCGUCGACCAACUUCAACAAAACUUCGCGCGUAAGGGCCUGUCUUUGGACGAAAUGGUGACACUAUCGGGUGCUCACUCCAUUGGGGUCUCUCACUGCUCAUCCUUCUCAAACCGCCUCUACUCAUUUAAUGCUACCAAUCCACAAGAUCCUUCAUUGAACCCUGGCUUUGCUGCCUUCUUGAAGACUAAGUGCCCACCUCCAUCGAGCACUGGAGCAGGCCAAGAUGCGACGGUGCCUCUUGAUAUUGUGACCCCUAACCGCCUGGACAAUAGGUACUAUAAGAACUUGAGGAACAACAAGGGGUUACUGACCUCAGACCAGUCCUUGAUGAGUGAUCCCUCCACGAAGACGAUUGUGAGGAACAAUGCCAACCGUGGUGCUGAGUGGGCAGCCAAGUUUGCUGCAGCAAUGGUACAAAUGGGGUCCAUUGAAGUGCUCACCGGAACGCAGGGGGAGAUUCGGAAGAACUGCAGGCUUGUGAAUUAGAUUUUUUUUCUUGCGUGUGUUGGGUGUUGAGACGAAGUGCUGUUUUUUGGUCAUUCUUUUGAAAAUAGUGUUUUGGAUAAUGCUUCAUUUGUUUUAUUGGGUUGUGUUUUUUUUCUGUUACAGUCCAAGUGUAUUGCUUUAUUUAAUAUUUCUACUAAAUUAUAACAAUCAGUAUACAAGUGUUUUGUAU